GUAACACUGACAAGCAGCACACAUUAGUUUAUGCGAUAGUCUGAGUGAACGGGUAGAAAAAUCACAGCUAUUAUUUCAGCAGUGCCAAUUGUCAGUGGAGUGAACAAAUCGAAAAAUUGUAGACAGGCUUACGCAGAUCGACAUUCAUUAUGUUUGCCAGCAAAUUGUUGACCUGCUCGGCAUUGCUAAUGCUAAGUGGCGCAGUGCUCUCUCAAAAGUUUAUUAGUUUGGCUGAUGCCGAAUUCAAGAUUCCUGAUACGUCUUCGGAACAUCCAAGCCAGGAAACCAGCAGCACAUCUACAUCUACAUCAACGACUUCGACAACUACAAAGAAGCCAACCACAUCCAGUUCAACUUCGACGGUCACGCCACUUACAUCCUCCACAACCUCUACUGAGUCACCAAAGACGACGACCACACCAGCACCAGUGACAACCACGACUAAAGCUCCUCCGGCGCCCUCCGUAGGCACUUGGAAUGCCUCCUGCAUUGUGCUCCAAAUGGCAGCUGAAGUGAACUUCACCUAUGAGGCUAAGGAUGGAAAUUUCACACACGGUCUAUAUAACAUUCCUAGCACCGCAUCGAUUGAAGAUUCGGACUGUACAAGUCAGACUAUCCAGUUUAUUCAUCUGAACUGGGGACCCGAAACUUCCAAGCAAUCGUUUUUGAUGUAUUUCGAUAAAAAGAACGACACCACCGAGCUCUCCUCCAUUCAAAUCCAUCUAAAUGUGCUGACCGAAGACUUUCCUAAUGCCAAGGAAAACCAAACGAUUCAACUGAUUCAUAGGGGUGCUGGAGAGUUCAAGACGCCCGACAAGAUGUCCUACCACUGCACACGCGUUCAGAAGAUGAACCUGACCGAGACUCUGGAUGCUAAGCAGUUGAUCGGAUCGAUCAGCGUCCGCGAUGUCCAGGUGGAGGCGUUCCUAGCUGCUAACGCCACUGGGUUCUCAGUCGUACAUGAUUGCGACAGCUCCGAAACGUCCGACGUGGUGCCCAUUGCCGUUGGUAUUGCCCUAGCCGCGUUGAUAUUGGUCGUGCUGAUCUCGUAUUUGUGUGCAAGGCGUCGUUCCACCUCUCGCGGGUACAUGAGCUUCUAAGCGCUGUGCAUCAACUUAUUUAGGGCAGGUAGGGAAUGGAAUCGAAGGAGAAUGAAAAGCAAAUCAUUAGAGAGAAAAUUAAGAUUGAAUUUGAUGAUUGGAAGCUGUCUGUGGGUAUAAGCAACGAUCCAUUUUGUUUUGUACCUUUUGGCUUGUAUAAGUUAAAGUGGUUUGUUUUGUUUAGGUCAACAUAAAAUACGUAUUAACAAAAGAGAGGGAGAAUUAAAAAAUCAGGAAUCGGAAGUAUGAUCUAAAACGCUGUUUUUGUGUAUGUAAUUGUCAAAAAAUUUGUAUCGUAAAAUGAAAAUAGUUAACUCAUUCGGGUCUGCCGAUUUGACACAAAUUCUUGAAGAGAAGUUAAACCAAAUUUUAAACAUUCAAUAAAUAGAGGCACACAUUUUACUCAAUAAACCAAUCAACUAAUGUAACUAGCGUGUCAUUCAAAUGAGGUGAAACUGGGCGAUCGCCUAAGCGAUGUUCUAAACAAUGAUGAUUAAUUACCCAGACGAUACCAACGGUCAAGUUUUUUAUCCAAAUGGUCAACAUUUUAACUUUUCAAACAUAAUAUCAGAACACAAAAAUGUAUGUAUUACUGGCCUUAAAAUCGCAAUAAAGAUAAUAUUUAAAACCCAA